GCUACCCUGUGACAAUUCAGAAAGCAUUUGAUUGCGAUCAAAGACGUAUGUCGGUUAAUUGCGUACAUUAAGUAUACUCGCGACGUGUUCAAUUGCGAACUACGGGCAGUAAAAAAAACUAGCCUAAACAACCUAAAGAGCAGAAACUUCAUGUUCUAGCAGUUGAAGUCUGAUAUAUCCUGCGCAUCAAAAACCUGAUGCUAUUUCGUUAGUGUGUCAUAUAAAAUACGUGAUCCAUUCAACGAUACUUGAAUUUCGGUUCUUCCUAGCAAUAGUUGGAGAUAUUUUGUAUUCGCACACUCGUAAAACAACGGCGUUAUCGCGGUACAAAUCUCAAGAUUUGAUUCUUCACUUUAAUUAAAUCAAUAAAUUUUCAAUAAAACUGUUCAGUUUUAGUGUGAAAUCCACAGUGAACUUGGAUACUCAAGACUGCGCUUAUCAAUAAUUGACAAUAAACAAUAAAACAUUGAAAAGAAGACGAAAGCAAAAUCAUAAUCAAAGUACAUUCAAAACAAUAACAACUUAGACGAUUUAUUAAAAGAGCUCUCUAAUAAUCCAAAGUAAUGGAAACCGAAAUUAUCAUCACCACAAACUCUUCGGAGCCCACGACCAAAGCAAGUUUAAUUGUUGUGUCCAAUCGUUUGCCGUUUAUUUUGGUCAGGAAUGCUAAAACAGAAAAAUUGGAACGAAAAGCCAGUGCUGGCGGCCUUGUAACUGCAGUAUGUCCUGUGGUGAUCAAGGGUAAAGGUCUCUGGGUUGGUUGGCCUGGUAUUCACCUUGCAGACAGUUCUGAGCCAAUUCCAGAAUCGAAUCCAAACGAUCAAACACCUACCGCAGGCUUAAAAUCAGAACAGGUUGUGUCGGUUAAUAUAAAUCCAACAAUUUUUGAUAGUUACUAUAAUGGUUGCUGCAACAAAAUUUUUUGGCCCUUAUUUCACUCAAUGCCUGGUCGCGCUACAUUUGGCGCCGAUCACUGGAAGAAUUAUGUGAUAAUAAAUAAACAUUUCGCCACUCGCACUAUUGAAGCCUUGGAAAAAUGUUUAGCCAAAAAUAAUGGUACCGACAAGAAUCCACCUAUUGUAUGGAUACAUGAUUACCAUUUGAUGCUUGCUGCGAAUUGGGUACGUGAGGAGGCAGAGGAAAAGAAUCUAGCAUGUCGAUUGGCGUUCUUCCUGCACAUACCAUUCCCACCAUGGGAUAUUUUCCGUUUAUUUCCAUGGUCUGAUGAAAUUUUACAAGGAAUGCUUGGAUGUGAUCUUGUUGGUUUUCAUAUCACUGAUUAUUGUCUUAAUUUUGUUGAUUGUUGCCAACGUAAUCUAGGAUGCCGUGUAGAUCGAAACAAUCUUUUGGUUGAGCACGGUGGUCGUACAGUACGUGUGCGUCCUUUACCCAUUGGUAUUCCAUUUGAAAGAUUUGUGAGUUUAGCUAAGACUUCACCUAAAGUGCUAAAAUCGUCAAAACAACAAAUUAUACUUGGUGUUGACCGUUUAGAUUACACAAAGGGUCUUGUGCACAGACUAAUGGCAUUUGAGGUUUUACUCGAGAAGUAUCCACACUAUAAGGAGAAAGUCAGUUUAUUACAAAUUUCAGUGCCAUCACGUACUGAUGUCAAAGAAUACAGGGAACUGAAAGAGGAAGUUGAUAAACUAGUUGGGCGCAUAAAUGGUCGUUUCACAACAGCAAAUUGGGCACCAAUACGUUAUAUUUAUGACUAUGUUGGUCAAGAUGAACUUUCUGCUCUAUAUAGAGAUGCCGCUGUGUGUCUUGUCACUCCGUUAAGAGAUGGCAUGAAUUUGGUUGCAAAAGAGUUUGUCGCUUGUCAAAUUAAUGAAGUUCCAGGUGUCUUAGUCAUAUCGCCAUUUGCUGGUGCUGGUGAAAUGAUGCAUGAAGCAUUGAUUUGCAAUCCUUAUGAAGUGCAUGAAGCAGCUGAAGUUAUUCAUCGUGCGCUUACAAUGCCUGAGGACGAGAGAGUGUUACGUAUGGGUCGUCUUAGAAGACGUGAAUCUGAAUGCGAUGUCAGCCAUUGGAUGCGUUGUUUCCUUAAAGCUAUGGGCACAUUGGAAAUGGAUGAUGUAGGUACAACAACAAUGCAACCAGUUACCAUAGACGAUUUUGAUGAUUAUUUGUUAAAAUAUAUUGGAUACAAUCACAAAUUAGCACUACUUUUAGAUUAUGAUGGCACACUGGCACCAAUUGCCCCUCAUCCAGACUUAGCCACGUUGUCGCCAGAAAUAAAAAAUGUGCUUUUUAAGUUAUCUAAUCAUUCUGAUGUUUAUGUAGCUAUAAUAUCAGGAAGAAAUGUGGACAAUGUUAAAAAGAUGGUGGGGAUUGAAGGUAUAACUUAUGCAGGAAAUCAUGGCCUGGAAAUUUUACAUCCAGAUGGUACUACAUUUGUGCAUCCAAUGCCAAUUGAGUAUGAAAACAAAGUCAGUCUCUUGCUCAAGGCACUUCAAGAUUCGGUGUGCCGCGACGGGUCUUGGGUAGAAAAUAAAGGCGCACUGCUUACCUUCCAUUAUCGAGAGACACCAAAUAACUUGAGACCAGCAAUGAUAGAGAAAGCUCGCAGUUUAAUUGAAAAAUACGGAUUUCGAGCCACAGAAACUCAUUGUGCACUAGAAGCACGACCUCCUGUGCAGUGGAAUAAAGGUAGAGCUUCUAUUUAUAUAUUACGAACAUCAUUUGGAGUAGACUGGAGUGAGCGCAUUAAAAUUAUUUAUGUUGGCGAUGACUUAACUGAUGAAGACGCUAUGGUGGCUCUUAAAGGUAUGGCUCGCUCAUUUCGUGUUACAUCGUCUGAUAUUGUAAAAACAGCCGCAGAUCACCGCUUACCUUCAACCGAUUCUGUUUAUACCUUAUUAAAAUGGGUUGAACGUCAAUUUAUGGGUCGGAAAGCCCGUGCUAAUUCACUAACAUACCGUAAUAGAAAAGAAGACACUGUUCAAACGCAAAUGUCAUUGCAAAUCGCAUCGAAAUCAAACAAUUUGGAAGUUCGAACCGAUUGACAGACGAAGGAAAGAUUAUCUAUACAAUACUAACUAUAACAAUCAUACAAAUUUACCAAGUAUAUUUUUCAUUCAUUUUGGUGUACAAGUAUAUGCAUUUCAUAAUCUAGUAAAUAGAUGAUUAUAAGAUUUAAGUUAAAUAAAAAAUUUGCUGAAAAAAAGCUUUUGUACUGAACUCCAAAAAGUGAUAAGACCAAAAUAAAUGAUGUAGUAUUAACAGAGCUGCCUCUGUAGUUCUGGUUUACGACAAUGUUUGUGGUUAUUGUAACCCAUGGCGACCUGCUUAGCCAUCAAAAUUGACGAGUAGCUCCGGGACAGACCCGGCCAUUCUCCAGUAAGUGACUGAUAUUAGUGUUUAGACGACUGUUAUAAGGUAUUGUUAUAGGUUCAAGUAUGAAUGGUAUAUAACAACCUUUUAAAACCAGGAGCGAUCGAAUCCACGUCACCGAGUCACUUCAUUGUACAGAUAGGCAAAGAGUAUUUAUUUAUACUAAUCUGCUACAAUAAUUUUAAAUUUCCAAUUGAACGUAGAUUUUUAGUUUUGUAUAAGGAGUGUGCACUUUUUGAUCCAAUGCAGAUGGUGUUCAGCCAUGCAUUGUUUAUUAUGACCCUUUAAUUCUAUAAACAGGCGGGUGCACAUUCUAGAGCUACUUCUCUAUACAAAUGACUAAGUUUUACUCAUUUUUCUAUUGCCUAUUAUAGGGUUCUAUUUUU